AUGAAAUUGACUGUUUCUGUAGCACUUUUUUACGCUGAUUUCAAAUUUGAAAACCGUUUUGCUCUAUCACCUUGCCCAAUACCACAAACGCCUGCAUCAUUUACAGUUGAUGAAGAUAGACAUGAAAAAAGUGAUAUUUCGUUCUCUGCAAAUGACUCUGACUACAAUGUUGCCACAGAAGAACAUCAUUUGAUUAAUUAUGCUGAACUUUGUGAUCUUGUAAGAGAUCUAGCACUGACAAAAAAAGCGCAAGCAGAGCUGCUUGGUUCACGUUUGAAUGAAUUUAACUUACUUGCACCUUAUACAGCAACAGCGAAUUUUCGUCACAGGCAUAAAAUUCUUGUUCAAUAUUUUGAAAUGAGUGAUAAUAUUUGCUACUGUACAGAUGUGGAUGGUCUUAUGUCGAGUCUUGGGAUUAAACAUAUUGUUGAAGAAUGGCGACUGUUCAUCGACACGUCAAAAACUUGUUUGAAGGCAGUAUUGUUGCACAACAGAAAUAGGUAUGCAUCAAUACCAGUAGACUAUUCUACCCAUAUGAAAGAAACUUACGAAAACAUGUCAUUACUUCUGCCAAAAAUACGUUAUCGUGAAUACAAUUUGAGUAUAUGCUGUGACUUAAAAGUAGCAGCUAUUCCGACGGAUUGCAGACAAGAUACACAAAAUACUGCUGCUUCCUAUGCGAAUGGGACAGCAGAGAUAGAAUGCAGCAUUUCGUGGAUAUUGUACAAAAAUGCAUUAGUGCCUACAAAGAUCUUGCUUGAAAUAUGUCUCUGA